AUGUACGCAAAGUGUGGAGCUGGCAUGUUAGGAUCAAGGAAAGUAUUUGAAGAGAUUUGUGGGUCAGAUUUGGUUGUUUGGAAUACAAUGAUUUCUGGAUAUGCACAGAAUAAGGAACUAGCUGUGGAGGCUCUUGAAUGUUUUAGACGGAUGCAGCGUGCAGGUUAUCGGCCAGAUGAUUGUAGCUUUGCGUGUGCAAUUAGUGCAUGCUCUAAUUUAUCAUCUCCGUCUCAGGGAAAACAGUUCCAUGCAUUGCAAAUGAAAUCUGAGAUCCCUUCAAAUCAAAUUUCAGUAAAUAAUGCCCUUGUGGCAAUGUAUUCGAAGUGUGGAAACCUUCAAGAUGCAAGACAAUUAUUUCAAAGGAUGCCAGAGCAUAACACUGUGACUUUAAAUUCCAUUAUUGCAGGCUACGCUCAACAUGGGAUUGGAAACGAAUCGCUAAACCUUUUCAAACAGAUGCUUGCGGCUGGUAUUGCUCCUACAAGUAUAACCUUUGUUUCUAUCCUUUCUGCUUGUGCACACACCGGAAGGGUUGAGGAGGGCAAGAAGUAUUUUAAUAUGAUGACAGAUAAGUUUGGGAUCGAACCUGAAGCAGAACAUUAUUCAUGCAUGAUUGAUCUUUUGGGUCGAGCUGGCAAGUUGAGUGAAGCUGAGAGGCUGAUUGAGACCAUGCCCUUUAGCCCUGGAUCUGCAGCUUGGGCUGCACUACUUGGUUCUUGUAGGAAAUAUGGAAAUAUGGAGCUAGCUGAGAAGGCAGCAAGGCAGUUCAUGCAGCUGGAACCUACAAAUGCUGUACCCUAUGUCAUGCUUGCGAGUAUGUAUUCUGGUGCCAGAAGAUGGGAAGAGGCAGCGAGAAUUAGAAAGCUUAUGCGAGAUAGAGGCAUAAGGAAGAAACCAGGCUGUAGUUGGAUUGAAUUAGAGAAUAGGGUGCAUGUGUUUGUUGCUGAAGAUAAUUCACACCCAAUGAUAAAGGAAAUUCACACGUACUUGGAUGAGAUGUGUGUCAAGAUGAAGAGAGCUGGGUAUGUGCCAGAUGUGAGAUGGGCUCUUGUUAAAGACGAUGAAACAGGGGAUCAAGAGAAAGAGAUUAUGUUAGCGCAUCAUAGUGAGAAACUAGCAGUUGCAUUUGGGCUGCUCUUUACAAAAGAUGGGGAGCCUUUACUUGUGGUGAAAAACUUAAGGAUAUGUGGGGAUUGCCACAAUGCAAUCAAACUUAUAUCUGCUAUUUCUGGUAGAAAAAUUACCAUAAGGGAUGCCUAUAGAUUUCAUUGCUUUGAGAAAGGGCUGUGCUCCUGUGGGGAUUAUUGGUGA